UGAUCAGGUCUAUAUUGCAUACGAAGGGUAUAGCUAGAUAGGCCAAUUUACACACUUUCACUGCAACCCUACCUUUUGAAAGGCGACACUGUUGCAUUGAUGUCAGGUUCUCAAGUAACCAUUCGCAAGGACCGAGUUCGCCUGAUCGCGCUCUUCUAUCCCAAGAAAGACAUGUCUUUCGAGCAGUUCAGUAAAUAUUGGCUGGAGGUACACGGUCCUCUAUUUCUGUCGCUAGAAAUAGUGCAUAAGAACAUCCUCAAAUACGAGCAGAUGCACUUCGACCCCAAACCAAAUCAACUUCUCUCCGAAGGGGGCCCAGUUAUGGCUCCUGUACCUUACUACGGGAUGGCCAUCUUCGAAGGGGAGUCUUUCGAGAAGAUCUUUGAGGUCUUCAAUCAUCCGGAGUACCAGAAGGUUGUAUUACCUGAUGAAGAGAGAUUCUUCGAUAAAUCGCGAUCUCUUGUUAUCGCUGGAGAGCUUGCUACACCUCUUGACCGGGUAUGAAAGCGAAUAAUCAAGAGUACGUAGGCUUAAUACCUUUAUGGUGUGAUAGUUGUAUGCCUACCCUCACGCCGAUGUAGGAAUAACCAAUAUAGACCGGCAUGUCAUUUACGUUAAAUUACUCUGCUGCAUUGCCAGCAUCUAUCUUUGUCUCCACCGUU